CUUCAAUUUCUCAUACUCAGGCUACUUGGAAACAUGCUAUUGAGAAAGCCAAAGCCAUGCCAGAUCCUUGGGCUGAGUUCCAUCUGGAGGAAAUCGAGACAGAGCGCUGUACUCGAUACAGAUUCAAUGCGGUUACUGGUGAAUGGGCAAAAGACGACAUAUUUAUCAAGAUUUCCUCUCAGCCGUUUGGAAGAGGAGCCAUGAGAGAAUGCUUCAGAUCGAAGAAGUUAUCAAACUUUUCCCACAGCAGCAAAUGGAAAUCAGCCUCAAACUACGUGGCUAAGCGCUACAUGGAGACUGUGGACAGAGAGGUUUACUUUGAGGAUGUGAAGUUACAAAUGGAGGCUAAAUUAUGGGGCGAGGAGUUCAAUCGCCACAGGCCUCCCAAACAGGUUGACAUCAUGCAGAUGUGUGUUGUGGAAAUGACUAGUCGCCCUGGGAGCCCUUUGUUUCACCUGGAACACUACAUUGAGGGGAAGUACACAAAGUACAACUCCAACUCUGGUUUCGUGAGGGACGAUAACAUACGGCUUAUACCCCAGGCAUUUAGUCAUUUCACAUUUGAGCGCUCUGGACACCAGCUGAUAGUGGUGGACAUUCAGGGUGUUGGGGACCUUUAUACAGAUCCUCAGAUCCACACUGAGAAGGGGACUGACUUUGGAGAUGGCAACCUGGGUGUGCGUGGCAUGGCUCUUUUCUUCCACUCUCACCUGUGUAAUAAGAUCUGUAGGAGUAUGAGCCUCACUCGCUUUGACCUGUCCCCUGCUGAAACUGCACAACUGGACUGCACCAACAAAUUGCUGAAUUCAGCUCAGACUGUCCUCCGUGGAUGUGAAGAGCAGUGUGGUUCGCCCAGGAUUCGGACAAUCUCUCUCGGCCACAUGCCUGUUCUUCUGACCCGGCUCUCUGAGACUUCCUCAGUUGAUGAAAACAGCGAGACAGACUCGGUUCCCUGCUCUCCACUUAGUAUUGGCGUCUCUGCAGACCGAUCAUCCAUAGGCUGGUCAUUUAUGAAUGACAUGAAUGAGACACAUCGAGCUAACUCAGAUCAAAAGGACUCAGAGAAUGGAGGAGACAGUGGUUACCCUAGUGAGAAACGCAGUGAAGGAGACUUAGUGGAACAUCACAGCCAGGGACGUCCCUUCUACAACAGACAUUUCUCAGAAUCGGAUGAGGACAGUGUUCGUCGGCUGACAGAAGAAAAAUUGAGUUUUUACCAUUCAUCUCGCUCCCACGUACACAGAUCCUCCUGUGUGGCAAUGGAGGUGCAGAGACUGAACACUAUGCUUCUUGAAAGGAAAAUUGGCAAAUCCAUCCUAGGCAAGGUAAGAAAUUGUGUCAUGUGUUUACAAACCUGGUCCUGAA